CGUCAGACAACGAAUCAUGUACACCAUCUAGUAGAGAAAUUAAAAAUCUUAAAGUGGAAACUCAGAAUAUUUAUUAAAAUACUUGUGAAAAUUAUAGAUCUGUAGAUAGUGAAUUUAUUUAUUAAAUACUUUAUCUUAUACUUGUUAUAAUUUAUGAUAUAAAUUCGUGUGAGUGAUUGUAAGAAUUAAGAUUUUUAUUAAAUAAACAACUGUUUAACAUCAUAUGAAAAUGGCAGAUACAGCAUCAAGCAAUUCAGUACACAUGGAAAAAGGUUGGGGUGCUUUGAGACAACAUAUCAUUGACAAUAAGAUUAAAGCUGCAUUAUGGGUUACAAGACUUUUCACUAUUAUAUUUACUAUUGGUUAUAUUAUUCAAAUAUUUGGCAAUCCUUAUAAUAUUUAUUAUAAAAUAUUAAUGAAUAAUGCAGCUACUAGUGCAUUACGUCUUCAUCAAAGAGUACCACAUGUUCAACUUAAUAGGCAAUUUUUAGAACGUUUAUUUGUUGAAGAUUCCUGUCAUUAUCUAUUAUAUUCUUUAAUAUUUCUUUAUACAGCUCCUGUUACAUUGGUGUUAACUCCUAUAUUUUUAUUUGCAUUAAUGCAUUUUGCUAGUGAUUCUCUCACAUUGCUUGAUUGUUUAGGACAAAAUAGUUGGUGGGGAGCACGUCUUUUAAUAUCAUUAAUAGAAUUUCAAUCACGAAAUAUUUUACGAUUGUGUGGAUUAUUUGAAAUAAUUAUUUUGCCAUUCACAGUUCUUCUUGUAUUUACGGGCCGUGCUAGUUUAUUAACACCAUUUAUUUAUUUCCAAUUCUUAAAAUUCCGUCUUGCAUCACAAAGAAAUCCAUUCACUCGCAAUGUUUUUUAUGAAAUUAGAAAUGGUUUAAGUUCUGUUUCAAGAAAACCAACAGUGCCAAUUAUAAUACGACAAAUAAUUGAAGGUCUACUAUCACUUACACAACAAAUGGCUCCUCUUCGUCAGUAACUUUUCAUUUUAAAAAGA